AUGCUGAUUAUCGAAAGUGUGGUACUCUUGCGAGACUUCCAGUCUUUUCCAGAAGUUCGACAAGUGGGAGCGCUGCGUUUAUCGAGUGAUUUCUCAACAAACGCGUUAAAGAAACUAAUAAAUGAGCAAGGUUAUGGUGGUUUAGCUCGGGUCAAAGGUGAGGCGAGUUAUGGUGGUUUAGCUCGGGUCAAAGGUAAGGCGGGUUAUGGUGGUUUAGCUCGGGUCAAAGGUGAGGCGGGUUAUGGUAGUUUAGCUCGGGUCAAAGGUGAGGCGGGUUAUGGUGGUUUAGCUCGGGUCAAAGGUAAGGCGGGUCAUGGUGGUUUAGCUCGGGUCAAAGUUGAAUCGAAUCGAAGUAUUCUCUUUAACGCGUUGGAUUCGUUCGAUGGUGAAAAAAUUGCAACAGCUGAAUUAUUAAAAGAACAUAAAGUCGUUUCGAUGUUGCAACUUGAACGAGUUCAAGGAAUAUCGUUAGCUGAACACAAUCAUGUCAUUUAUAUUUUACCAUCUUCUCUGGCAGUUAUCAAUAAACUAAACGCAUUCCUGAAUGAAGCUCGUGCAAGAAAAGAUCGGCAUCUGCAUCAUGUUUUGUUUGUACCAGAUGCAGCACUGGUUUUAUGCGAUAGAUUAAAAGAAAAUCGUGAAACAUUUUCGAUGCUGAAAACUGUUGAAUCGCUUCCUUUGAGAAUAUAUCCCUUAUACACCGAUCAUUUUAUUUUAUUUAUGGACGAUAUGCCAAGUAAAGUUUUGUUAAAUGAUGAUUGGAUCGAAUUUCAAAAAUGUGCGUUGGCUUUACGUCAAAUGGAAGAAAUUUUUCAGUGUUUACCAAAUAUACGAUGCAAAGGUAAAUGGGCUGCACAAAUUGUUGAUAUACUGAAAAAGAUGCGCAACAAUUGUGAAUAUUCAAAUCGUCACCAUGAGGAACGCAAUAUUUCUGACUUUAUUAUAAUUGAUCGUUGGUUGGAUCCGUUGACUCCUUUGUUUAUUCAACUGACUUAUGGUGGACUUAUUGAUGAAAUUCUGAAAAUCGGACCUUCAGGCAAUAUCAAAAGUACACUGUUUACAAAAGAAUCGAAUUCUAAUGAACUUGUGGAGACAAAUUUGAAGGAUGAUUUAUUCUUUGUUUUACGUGAUCAGCAUAUAAAAGAUGUUGGAAAAUGUACUCUUCAAAUUAUUAGCAAUAUCCGUGACGAAAGGAAGAAUUUAAAAGAAAAUCCUGGCGGAAAUUCGUUGGCUGAAAAUAAAGUAGUUGUACGACGACUGAUCGAUGUUCAAAAAAGUGAAAAAAACGUGGAUACUCAUACAACAAUUGCAAGUCAUCUAAUGACAUUCAUUCGUGAUAAUAUGCGAUUUUCAAAAUUGCCUCAGUUAGAAUUGGAUAUCGUUCAAGGAUAUUUCGGAGAUCGAGUUAUUCCCUUUAUAGAAGAUCUAAUAAUUGAGGCUUACGAGCCGAAACUUAUUUUACGUUUAAUAGCCAUACAGUCACUUGUGUCUGGUGGCCUUAAGACAGCAACAUUCAAUGCUUAUCAAAGACUCUUUAUUCAGACAUUUGGAAUCUACAAUCUAACAUUGUGGCUUAAAUUACAGUUGAUGGGUCUAAUAUCGGAAAGAACCUCAAAAAUUAAGUGUAACUAUUUACCGUUUGAUUUCGCCUUUCUUAAUCGUAAACUGGCAUAUUCAUCAGAUGAACGCUCUUCGAACGAAUAUUCUUACAUUUAUGGCGAAUAUAUUCCAUUUUUGGUUCGUUAUAUCGAAAUUGGCGCAAAAGAUAACUGGAAAGAUUGGACAACAAUCACAUCGUUCGAUGAGGCAGAAUCUUCACCAGAUUCUUUUAUUGUUGUAUUUAUUGUUGGUGGCAUAACAAUGGCUGAAAUGGCUUGCCUUCGUCGAAUAAAAUUUUCUAAUCCAGUGGUUAUUAUUUCUACAUCUUUAACUAAUGGAAAUCUCAUCACUCAACCUUUAUGA